GAGCGGGCCGGGCAUGGCUCCGUGCCCCGGCCGCCCGCCGACGCCGCGUGCUCCCCGCGCAGGCUGCAAGAUCAAGGCGCUGCGGGCCAAGACCAACACGUACAUCAAGACGCCGGUGCGCGGCGAGGAGCCGGUGUUCGUGGUGACGGGGCGCAGGGAGGACGUGGCGGCGGCCAAGCGCGAGAUCCUGUCGGCGGCCGAGCACUUCUCGCUGAUCCGGGCGUGGCGCGGCAGGGGCGGGGCCGGGCUGCGCGCACCCGCGCUGCCGGGGCAGAGCACGGUGCAGGUGCGGGUGCCGUACCGCGUGGUGGGGCUGGUGGUGGGCCCCAAGGGCGCCACCAUCAAGCGCAUCCAGCAGCAGACGCACACGUACAUCGUGACGCCCAGCCGCGACAAGGAGCCCGUGUUCGAGGUGACGGGCACGCCCGAGAACGUGGAGCGGGCGCGCGAGGAGAUCGAGAUGCACAUCGCCCUGCGCACCGGCGCCUUCCCGGAGCUCGGCCGCGACGGCGACUUCCGCGCCAACGGCACCGACGUCGGCUUCGAGGGCGGCCCCGCCUGGCCCGGCGCCCGCCCCGCGCCCCGCGCCCGCGCCGCGAUGGCCUCCGGCUACCGCAACGACAGCUCCAGCUCGCUGGGCAGCGGCUCCAGCGACUCCUACUUCAGCGGCGGCCGCCUGGCCGACUUCAGCCCCGGCAGCCCCUUCGGCGCCGGCGGCUUCUGGGCCGGGGAGGCGCUGCCGGCCGCGGGCGCCGAGGAGCCGGCGCUGGACUCCCCCGCCUACGAGCCCCUGCCCGCGCCCUCCCCGACCGUAUGGGCGCCCUUGGAGCCCGCGGCCGCCCCGCCCGGCCCGGGCAGCGAGGCCGCGGGCGGCUCCAGGGCCCCGCUCGGCGGCAGCCGCCCCCCCACGCCCCGCCUGUCGCCCGCCUUCCCCGAGGCUCUGGAGCAGCCGCUGGCCAGGCGGGCCCACGGCAGCGCCCCGGGCCCCCCGCCCGGGCUGCCCGUCUGCAUCCCCGCCUUCUCCACCGGCACCGACAGCUACUCCUCGUCCAACGGCGGCUCCGCGUCCAGCUCGCCCCCCGAGUGCCGCCGCAGGCACGACUGCGUCCUCUGCUUGGACGGCCAGGCCACGGCCGCCCUCGUGCCCUGCGGCCACAACCUGUUCUGCCCGCAGUGCGCCGCCCGCAUCUGCGCCAGGGACGCGCCCGCCUGCCCCGUGUGCCAGGCCGCCGUCACCCAGGCCAUCCAGAUCCACUCCUGAGCGCGCCGGGCCGGGCCAGGGCCGCGCUCCGCACGGAGGGCUCGGGGCCGCUGUGCCGGGUCAGGGCAGCUCUCAGCACUGCCCACAGCUGCAAACGCAGCUGCUCCGGGCCUGUGAAGCGCCUCUGCCACGGCCGGGCCUCUGUGCCUGCAGCCGCAGCCGCGCCGCCCCCAGAGGGGUCACUGCCCUGCGGGGCUGCGGCGCCGCCAGGCACCCGCCCACGCUGCCAGUGCUGCCUUCUCCACACGGCCGGGGCUCCGAGCAGCUCUGGGAAACGCCUCCUCUGCCGCUCUCUGCCGCCGCUCACGCCUCACCUGCAGCACUGCCAACGCCCGCCCCGGCCGCGGGGACACCGCCGGAGCUGCCCCGGGACAGCCGGGACAGGGACUGGGACAGGGAUGAGUCACGGCAGGGACAGGAGCAGCCCAGGCUGGGCCCUCGGGGCCUGCGAUUCCCACGGGGGCAGCGUGGGCAGCACGGGAGCUGUCCCAGGAGCUGUCUGAGGAGCUGUCCCAGGAUCUGUCCCAGGAUG